AUGCUAAGGAUUGAAUCAGAGCACAGCGGUUUGAAGGAGUUCUUCCGCCAGAAUGGAGUCUGUCUGACUGCUGGCAUCAUUGUGGCAGACGUGGUUGGUGCAGGGAUUUUGGCCAUGCCUCUCGCUGUGGCGAACUUUGGCCUAGUCCCAGGAAGCAUUGCGCUUGUCGUGUUUUUGGCAGCCAACGUGCACAUUUCUAUCGUGAUGUGGAGAGUUCGGAUGUUCUGCCCUACUUGCGAAAACGCCAACACCUACACCGCCUUGGUGAGGGGUGCUUUUGCGAGUGCACCGGUCUGGCAACGUCACCUGAUGGUGGUAGUGACCGGCUUCUGCCAGAAAUCCUUUAUCCUGGGUAUGCUGGUUCUCUAUUUGAUGAGUGCGGGAAAAGGCUUCGGAAUGAUGUUCUAUGAGACACAGAUUUGCCUGCCGGUCUGGGUCUUCUAUGCGGCUUUGUUGCUGUUCCCAUUUGCAGUUACAGCUCGCCGCAUGGGCACCUGGCAAUCGCUAGUUUGGAUCAACGUGGCCACAAUAAUUGGAACUGUUUUGAUUCCUUUGGCCUACUAUGCUUUGUAUGGCACGGAGAAGUUCAGAUUAUCCGGAAGCAAGGUCGAAAUGGUUAGCAAUUUGUCGUCCCGCGAAAUGCUGAGCAGCGCUUCCAUCUACACUUUUGGAAUGACAUCGCAGUUUCUGCUGGUUGAAAUCAUUGCAGAGAUGAAGGAACCCUUGAAAAUGCCAAUCGCAUACGCCGCAGUCUCCGCUCCUUUGCAGCUGGUUAUGUUUGCAGUGGCUGGCAUUGGGGGCUACCUGUGCAUGGGCAACAAGGUAGAUGGGAUGAUGAAUGAAAAUCUUCCCUUCGGCGGUGCCUUUCAACUUGCAGCGGGAUGUAUGCUCACCCACAUGCUGAUCUCUUACCUGAUCAAAGGAGUGGUCCUUUGCAAGUCGGUGCACAGACUCGCAGAUGCUAAAUACGCUGAUGCAAGUGACAAUCGAUUGAGGUCAUGGAUUGUUUGGAUAUGCAUCGUCUCCUUGAUGCUUCUUCUUGCGUGGUUCUUGGCGAACAUUGUGCCCUUUUUCGGAGCAGCAGUAGACCUUCUGGGUGCAAGCGUUACGCCGAUAUCAUGUUGGCUGGUUCCGCUUAUUCUCUACAUGCGGAUGUGUUGUGACUAUCCGGACUGGGACUGCGAAGACCCUAAAAGUAGCAGCAGGUGUUCUAGAUUCCUGAAAAGCCUGGAGUGGGUUGCAAUAGGACAAGCGUCGGACAAGCUGUUGCCGGACUCGUUGCCCAAAGGAAUCUUUGCUUGUGAUGUCAGGACUUUGGAAGACAUGCAGCUGCUCCGCAAGCCAUGCGGGGCCUGGCUCCUGCCUUUGGCUCCAGCUUCCUUAAGCAGCUUGUGGGCCACAGAAUACCAGCGUUUGGCCUCCCAAGCGAGCAACGGAGAAGGUGGCCUGCUGCCGAUUGGCAGCAAUGGUUUCUACAAGGCAUGCCUGAUGGCGCUGCUUUGCGUGGUGGGCGCAGCCUUGGCAGCAGGACUUACCAUGGGAUUGGUGUCAAUCGAUCCUAUGGAGAUGGAAAUCAUCGUGAAGACAGAGGACAAGGACAUGGUGGAGGCCUCAGCGAAGCAAAAACUAAAGAAGGACCAAGCUGCAGCAGAGAGGAUUCUACCGCUGAUCCAUGACCAUCAUUUGUUACUUGUCACGCUGCUACUCAUGAACUCCAUUGCGAACGAAGCUCUGCCACUUUUUCUCGACCAGAUCGUGCCGUCGUGGCUGGCUGUUGUGCUUUCCGUCUCACUGGUCUUGAUGUUUGGUGAAAUUAUUCCUUCUGCGGUCUUUACGGGCAGUGAGCAGCUGACAAUGGCGGCCCGCUUUUCAGGGCUUGUUGGUGCCUUCAUGUUCGUUCUGACGCCAGUGUCCUGGCCUAUCGCCAAGCUGCUGGAUCGUGUGCUUGGUGCCGAUCACAAGGGCCGGUAUAAUUUCGCAGAACUGAGGGCCAUCGUGUCAAUGCACGCUGGGCUGCGAUUAGGUGGAGAAGAGGAUGACCAGGCGUCCAUUGCAGCUUUCUCAUACUUUCUCCUCAAACAUCUCAAACUCACAGAUGUUACAGUCUUGUGCGCUGCUUGUCCUCCAGCUCUGAUGCCAGGUGGUUUUCAAAUCCCAUGA